AUGACUACCAAGUCUGAGGCCUUUGAUGUUAGCAUGUCUGUCCCUUGCAACACACCCCCCUCAUAUAAUGCAAUUUUUACAUCAGUAUCAGCAGAUUCCAUCUGGUCCAAGCUAUGGGUGUUUUCCCUCCUACAGUCCAAGCAAAACUGUCUAUCACACAUCUGUGCAAUUGUCUCCUCUCCAGAUUUCACCCCUUCUUCUAUUGCUCAAACUGUCAGUGCCUGUGUUACCACUCUCCCAGCAGCAGAGUUCUCCAAACUCCUGCAACAACCCAACAUUGAGGGUCACACAGCACUAUAUUGGGCAAUUGUAAAUGACCGAAGAGAAGCUCUUUUGGCAUUUAUCAACUUCAUUCCAAAAUUAUCACCUGCUUGCUCCUCUGAUUUGCGUCUUGCAUGCAUGAUGGUUAGUGACCAUGCACUGUUCACAUGGCUAGAUUUGGGUAAAAAACUUAACCAUAAGUGUGUGGUACUUCCACCCUUGGCAGCACUUUGA